GACAACAUAAGUUCAAUCAGGUCCGAGGCGGUUAGACGGAAGUUCCUGGUCGUUAAUCACAAAAGCCAGCUGGAUUCAGAAGCACACCUUCUGCCACGCUAUCAAAGGCAUCCCUGCACCACCACUUCACGCAGAGGUUUAAAUUCCAGCUCGCUCACCAUGGCUGACGUCCCGCUGCUCAUCAUCUCGGAGAACUCGUCGUCGGAGCGGCGCAUCACCCCGUCAUGGUCCAUCAGCCAGCUGCGGACCAAGCUCGAGCCCGUCACCGGCAUCCCGCCGUCGGCGCAGCGGAUGACCUACAAGGCUCCCGGCCGUGAUGCCGUCCCCGUGGCGGCCCCCGACGAGGACAGCACCCUCAUGUCCAGCUUUGGCCUGGUGCCGUAUGCAGAGCUCCACAUUACCGACACGAGGCCGGCUUCAGCCAAGAUCAACUUCAACGACACGUCCAAUGUCGAGAAGUACGUGAUGCCGGUGGACGAGUACGAGAAGAAGACGGACUCUGUGCUCGCGUGGAAAAAGGCCGAGAAGCUCGGCCGCUUCAACCCGGAGGCGCCCACCCUCGAGAAGGCCAAGCUCGAGGCCAACCAGCACGAGAUUGACAGCCGCGGGAUCGCCGUGGGCAGGCGGUGCCGUGUCGGCGGGGACGACGCGCGCCGCGGCGAGGUCAUGUACGUCGGCCCCGUCCCGGAGAUCCCCGGGGUGCUUGGGUCGUGGGUGGGCGUGCGCCUCGACGAGCCCGUGGGCAAGAAUGAUGGGAGCGUCGGCGGGACGAGGUACUGGGGCGCCGCCGCCGCCGCCGACGAGGGCGCGCAGCUCAAGCACGGCGUGUUUGUGCGGCCGGAGAGGGUCGAGGUCGGGGACUUCCCGGUACUGGAUGAUCUUGACGACGAGGAUAUGGAGGAGAUAUAAAAGGAAUUUCGGCCUUGCGUCUUUCCAUCAUUGCCACGGGACUAUUGAAGCGCAACGGCUAGGCGCGAUGACGGGCCCUGCGGCUACACAAACAUUGUUCCUCCCUGUCGUUCUUAGCUCAUGUGUUCACCCCGAGCGAGUUUAGCCACUCGUCCAGUGUUCACAGCUGGUUCCCUGUUAGCAGGCCGGAGCACUUGGCUUCUUGCGAGCGGAAGGAUCGUCGAUGACAAUUGAAACGAGCCCUUAUACAGUUAAUGACGCCCCAUCGUGAACGGGCAUAGAGCUAUCCAUCACAGUUGUGCUCUCGGGAA